AUGGAUCCGGCAUUAUUAAAACAACAAGCAGCAUUCAAAUCUCGAGCUUCACAAGCUUUUGAAAUGGUUCGGAAAAGUACGGCAUCUACGUCUCACACUACAUAUGAUGCUGAAGCAAGUCGGAAGAAAAAACGCAAAGUAUAUAACGAUUCACAGUUAUCAAUCAAAUCUUUAUCCGACUUCAAUACUAAAACUGUUCCCCCUCACUUGGCAUCAAACGCUGUAAAUUUUGGGACGAUGGCGAAAAUUGUUGAUUACAUGAAGAAACGGCAUUUAUCAUCGCAACAGUGGCCCCUAAGUUUGAAGGAGAUACUGGAGGAGUUACAAAUAUACGACCUUGGAAAGAAAUCGGAGUUAUGGCUUCAGGAAUCUUUGCCGAUGAAUCCACGGUUAACUGUUGAUGAAAAUGGGAAAUAUCUUUUCAAACCGCCUUACAAGAUCAAAGGAAAGAAUUCUUUGUUAGCACUACUCAAAAAAUAUCAUAUAGAAGGAAAAGGCGGCAUCUUAUUAUCGGAUCUCAACGAGUGCAUACCGGCUGCUGAAAAGCAUAUUGAGGCACUUAGUAAUGUUGUAAUUGAUGUGCAGACGAUGAUCAACAAGCGCAAAGAUCAUGUUUAUUUUUAUAGUGAUCCUGAUACUGAUUACGAAGUUGAUGAAAAAUUCAAAAGUUUGUGGAGGAAUGCAUCUGUUGAUCAUCUGGACGAGAAGAAGAUCGAAGAAUAUCUCCAGAAACAUGGAAUUGAUGUGAUGAAAGAUUUCGGGCCAAAGAAAGUAAUUGUUGCACCACCAAAACGAAAGCUUCCACGGAAACGGGCUAAUCAGAAAGUUCAUAAUGAACAUUUGACUGAUGUUUUAGAAGAUUAUUCAACUUAA